CUGGGAGUCAGCCGGGUCUAAUAACACGACUCCGCACUUAUAUCGGCCGGCGGCGGUCUUCGAGAACCCACGUUUAUUGAUUAGUCUUCAGUUUCUCUGUUUACCGACGAACCCGCACUCUGCAUUUUUAAAAGAACAGAGAAUACCAGUCUCUUGUCCUUCGUGAACUGCUGUCUUCAUUAGCAUGUCUGAAUUUCCUUCGUUCGUCUCCCCGCGCCUGGAGCCUGAGGAGGCAAAGGCCUCCGAGAACCCGCCUGCUCUCGACCUCCCGCCGAUUCUCUCGCCAUCCUUCACCCCGAUUGAUACCAUACCGUCGACCCCGGUGCCUAUUCCUGUGACGACUGAACAUACUCCCGCUCCGAGCCUGCCGGAGACGCUUCCAGAAGUCGAGUGUCUUGUGCGCGCGCGAAUCCCCACCACCACCGGCACCGAGAUCUUUCUCCACCUUUACAAGAACAACGUCGACGAUAAGGAGCAUCUGGCUAUCGUGUUUGGAAACGACAUACGGAGCACGAGCUUGGACCGGGUGCGCGAGGGCGAGACAGAGAUGGACCGCAUGAUCAGAGGUGCUUACGUCGGUAGACUGUACCCUGGUCGUCAGACAAGUAGGGAGGACGAUGAUAAGCACAGUGAAAGCACCAAGCCCACAAAUAAGAGCACACUAGUGCGGAUUCAUUCCGAGUGUUAUACCGGAGAGACUGCUUGGUCAGCUAGAUGCGACUGCGGCGAGCAACUCGACGAAGCUGCCAGACUUAUGGCAAAAGAAAAUCACGGCAUAGUGGUUUACUUGAGACAAGAAGGCCGCGGAAUCGGUCUCGGUGAAAAGCUGAAAGCUUAUAACCUUCAAGACCUUGGUGCAGAUACAGUCACAGCAAACCUCCUACUCAGACACCCAGCAGACGCCCGUUCAUACAGCCUAGCGACCGCUAUCCUGCUCGACCUUGGACAGAAGGAGAUCCGGCUGCUUACCAACAACCCAGACAAGAUUGCCGCUGUCGAGGGCAAGCACCGCGAGAUUAAGGUCACAGAUAGAGUACCUAUGAUUCCUCUGGCGUGGAAAAUGGAUAAUGGCGGCAUUAGGAGUAAGGAGGUUGAGGGGUAUCUGAAAACGAAGAUUGAACGUAUGGGGCAUAUGCUUGAUAAGCCGUUUUAAAUUUUUCUAUUCCAUUUAGCAUUGAUGAACAAGCAUUCUUUUAAUAUAACUGUCUAUAGUCCAAGUAACUGUAUCGUAAACAACGAUAGGAUGUAAAUACAGUCCUCAUAAUGGUGAGCUACAGGUGUAACACUUGUAUAAUUUGUGACAUGCCAAUGACAUUAUUUCAUUUUUUGAUAGAGAUAUAUAUAAUUACACGAUAACAAUCCC